AAGACAUCGUGUCCAAAAGAUCCAGACAACAGAAAAAAAAAGAGCCCUAAGCUACCACUCAGCCACUGACUACCUGACAGGAAAAGACAUCAGUGAAAUCUCACCAUGUCAGAUCCUGGACCAAAUACCACCAUAACUCCACGGUAUGACUAUGCAGCCUACUACGACGAAAAUUAUUCAUACUACUCCCCUUGCAACGACAUCGAUGGGAGGGAGUUUGGCAGAGUAUUUCUGCCAACUCUCUAUAGUUUGGUUUUCGGCCUCGGCUUUUUAGGUAAUGGACUUGUGGUGUGUGUCCUGGUGAAACACCGCAACCAGACCAACUUGACAGACAUCUGCCUUUUCAACCUGGCUCUCUCCGACCUCCUCUUUGUGCUCACACUGCCUUUCUACGCUCACUACUCUGUGGUCAGUGGAUGGACCUUCGGAGAUUUCAUGUGCCGUUUCAUCUCUACCUGCAACUGCGUCGGGUUCUUCAGCAGCAUCUUUUUCAUGGUUGUCAUGACGCUGGACCGCUACAUGGUCAUCAUGCACACUCAAAAGGUGGCACGAUAUCGCAGUCUGAGAGCAGGCAUCGUUCUGAGCAUGAUUGUCUGGCUGCUGAGCCUUUGUGUCUCCGUACCAGAUUUAAUCUUCACAAAGGUUACAAAUGGCCUUUACGGGCAGAGUUGUAACCAGGCCCUGGAUAGCAGUGCCUUGAGACUUUACAACAUCUUGUCAACAAAUAUAUUGGGUCUCGUGAUUCCUUUGUUGGUGAUGGUAGUUUGCUACUCUAGGAUCAUCCCUAUACUGGUGACCAUGAGGAGUGCAAAGAGGCACCGUGUUGUCAAGCUGAUCAUCUCUAUAGUGGCUGCCUUUUUCUUGUUCUGGGCCCCAUACAACAUUUCCAUUUUCCUGAGGUUUCUGCAGGUUCAGGGUAAAUUGUCGGGCGAAUGCAAUUUCGAUGCAAAAUUAAAGCUGACAAUAACAGUGACUGAGACCUUUGCUUACACUCACUGCUGCCUGAACCCCAUCAUAUACGCAUUUGUUGGACAGAAGUUUAUGAAAAAAGCCUUGCAGAUGCUGAGUAAGUGGAUGCCUUGGAUUCACCUUUCCUCCACCAGAAGUUUUUCAGAUAGCUCAUUCAAGAAAAGCUCAGUCAUGUCCAGGUCCUCUGAUGUCACUCCCACUAUUAUGUAGGAGGUGGAGUCCAGAUGUAAUAUGUUUUAUGGACAUUACCUGCUGUGUUUUGAUAUGUUUUCAUCAAUAUCUUCUAUACUAUCUCAGGUAUUCUUUAAUUGCUAUGCAAUGCCCCUCCUUUUCCUGCUGAUACUGGAGGAAACUUAGCUGUACUUCAAAUUGGACGUCUUGACAGAUUAUGGAUGUCUUGUUUGUAACGGAAUGUAACCACAAAGUUUGUUUGUCUAUGCCUGAUGUGUCUGGAAUAUUUCCGUUUUUUUCCCCUUUCACACAUUUGCUAAUAAGUCUGCAGAUUGGUGAAAAAACAUUCAUACUAUGU